AUUAAACUAAUUUAGGCCAAUUUGUUGAAAUUCCAUUGUAACAAUUCAUGCGUCUCACUCAUAUAAUGACCCAUCAUUGAUAUUUAAGAGUUUGGCAGAUGCAAAUGUCAAUUUAGCACGUUCCCAAACAAGACAUGUUAUUGCGUUUUUCGGUGACUAUCAUCAUCAUAGGAAUUUGUCCAAUGUCUGUGUUUGGUGUUUGUGAUUUGAUAGAUAUUCCAAAUGGAAGUUCAAGUCUUCGAAUGAAAGGCAGAACAAUAGCGUUCACGUGUGACGACAAAUUCGUCCUGUACGGGGAAGCCUUUGACAGGUGCAAGAACGGUUUCUGGAACAAACCACCCCCAAGAUGUGUGGCCCCUGGUUGUCCAUCUGUUGAAAAUAUCAAAAACGGUCAUGUCAAAAGAUCGCAUACUGGUUCUGUAGUGGAGAUCAUCUGUUAUAAUGGAAUGACGAUACAAGGGGUAGCGCUACUGACAUGCGACGGACAGAGGUGGAAUUCAGCCAUUCCGAAAUGUGUUGAACCCUUUGAGAUAGAGAGGUGUGAUUUUGAAUCCAAUAAGUUCUGUGGUUGGAUCCAGGACCAUGCCGAUGAUUUUGAUUGGACACUUCACAGUGGACAAACAACAACGGGAAGGACAGGGCCCUUCGCAGACCACACUCUUGGACCCCACUAUACAACUGGUCAUUACAUUUAUAUUGAAGCAUCCACUCCAAGAAAACCCGGUGAUAAAGCUCGUUUACUAUCACCUUGGUAUCCUACUGACAGGGGGAAUCAAUGUUUCCACUUCUGGUACCAUAUGAAUGGCCCUAAUGAAAUGAAUGCUGUGGGUACCCUGAAAGUUUUGCUUCGGACCGGAUUCGGAAAGAACCUCCAAGAAAUUGUAUUAUUUACAAUGUCUGGAAAUCAAGGAGAAAAUUGGAAAUAUGGAAAGUUCAAUAUACCCACUUGUACAAAAAAGUUUCAGAUUGUGUUUGAAGCCACACGCCUGCAUAGUUAUGCGAGUGACAUUGCGGUGGAUGAUUGGAACAUGUUACCAUGUAACACCCCUAAACUCUCUAUUAGUGAUCCUUCUGCGCAGUCAGCAUGGCAUAUGGCAACUGACAAAGGAAUAUCAACACCUCAAUUUGUUAUGCUAAAGAACGUAAAACACUCAACCAGGAUCACUACAGCACACACUGUCAACAGGAAGAUCACAGCGAGAUCCAGCGAUGACAAUAUUUCCUCAGUGACGGACUAUAGUAUCACAGAUACUUAUUACAAUCAGACAUCAACCACUCCAAAGCAUUAUGAUUUAUCGUUGUCUACAAACAAUCAAGGGACUCACACUUCAUCGACAGUUAUGAGUACAUUACUGAAAACUGUAGAUAAUCUCCAAAGCACCAACAGUAAUGUAACUGCAUCUACAGACGAGACUCUGUCCUACAGAACAUCAACACAAAACACCAAUAAAUCGUCAUCAGAGCCAGUCUCUGCAAGUACCCAUAAAUCGUCAGAGACAAUCACCUCAAAUACCCAUAAACCGUCAGAGUCAAUCACUCCAAGUACCCAUGAAUCGUCAGAGUCAAUCACUCCAAGUACCCAUAAAUCGUCAGAGACAAUCACCUCAAAUACCCAUAAAUCGUCAGAGUCAAUCACUCCAAGUACCCAUAAAUCGUCAGAGUUAGGCUAUAGCUACGCUGGACGAAAUAAUAGCACUGUUUUAAAGGAACGAGCUUCUACAACUCCAAAAUCAUCAUCCAAAUUUAAUUCAUUCUACAAGAAAUUCGAUACAGUGUUUACUGGCGAGGCUAUUGUGAACAUGUGUAUAGGAUUGGUUGUCGUCUGUUUGUUUACAGUGAUUCUUAUUGUUCUGGGUUGUAUCUGCAGGAGACAACAAAAACUACACAGCGCCAAAUAUGAGGAACUGAAGCUAUUUGUAGAAACACACUAUAGAAGAAAAUAUAUAACCGUAUAAUCUUA